UUGAGGCCGGGCCCCGCCCUAGGGGGUAGGUUUUCGCAGGGGUGCGGGGGUCACGACCAGGACUACGCGCCAGUGACUGCGGCGCUCGGGGUAAUUUCUGCCGAGAGAUCCUGACUGCAAGUGACAGACUGAGUAGGAGUCGCCCUGCGCGGCCGAGCUGCAGCAUCCAGGGGAAGACAUGCCGACCGCCAAGCAGUUAGCUGACAUUGGCUACAAGACCUUCUCCGCCUCCAUGAUGCUCCUCACCGUGUACGGAGGUUACCUCUGCAGCGUGCGCGCCUACCGUUACUUCCAGCUGCGCAGCGCCAGGCGCCAGGCGGCAGAAGAGCAGAAGACAUCUGGAGUCCUGUAGAGCUCAGCUUUUGCUUCUGAGCGGCCAGGCUUGAGACGUGAAAUGGAAAGACCUCCCCUGUACGUCAUCCAUGGCAAGAACUAAGUCGCGGUGGCUCUCACACCUGCUGGGCUAAAGCGCCGUGGUUUCUGUGGUCCUACCGGCUUGUGCCAUUUUGACAGUGUGUGGAGGCUGUCAGAUGAAUGGGAAUGUGAGGAUGAGGUUUAUUACAGAGAUUAGAUAAAUAUUUUGCCAUGUU